UCGCUGCGGCCCAGGAGGGGUCGCACCGGGUCACGUGGUGUGCGGGGACAACCGUCUUCUCCGUGCGAGCGCGCGUGUGGUUUCUGACUGAUCGUACGGGGAAACUGGGAGGAAAAAAAAUUUGAAAAAACACCUCCCUUGCCCCCCCGGGAGUAACGGGCCGUGAGAAGGUACCCCGGAGCACCACCUCUGGACUGAAGAGCUGUCUCCUCAACGAUGCGUGGAGCUGCACGCGUUUGUCUGCUCUCCAGGUCUACGUUGAGAGGUAGGCCAGCGCCCGCAGACAGGCCUGCCGGAACCCUCCGGAAAUGUCGGCGCAUAACCGGACCUUCCUGCAGGGCUACGGCGCUUCGUCCGCAUGUUUUUGCUUUUGUCCGGUCCGCUUGGAGCACGGUUCUCCUCCGCUUUCGUUCAUAAAAUAUGUGGUUGUUUCAUUAAAGCACCAAUCUUAAUGUUCUGGUUUGUUCUUCUAAUGUUACGACAGACGGUCGAGAAGAAACGUCACGCAGCAAGGCUCUUAGAGUCUUACGAUGCUCAUCGGUCCAGCGCUAGCUGUUCUUUUCCUCCUGGGUUCUUCGAAUACGCAGUCAAGCCCAGACCCCUGUCGCUGCGUCUCCCUUCGGCCCACCGGACUACGGGUCGACUGCCGGUCGCGCGGCCUUACGGAGUUGCCCCCGAUCCCGCCCACCGCCUCAGAGUUGCACCUGCAGGACAACCGGCUACACAGUCUACCUCCAGGGCUGCUGGACGCACUGCUUGACUUAAGGAUGGUCAACCUGUCUGGCAACCCCUGGGACUGCGGGUGCAGUAUCCUGUACCUGAGGGCCUGGCUGCGGGACCACGAAGCAGCGGCGGGAAGACCCACCUGUGUCACACCCGCAGCCCUGAGACACAGGGCCAUCGCCGAGCUUAGCGAGACGGACCUCCCGAGCUGCAGCCGGGAGAGCUGCGUCAGUGGCUGGCUGGACAUUGUCACCAUCCUGCUGAUGGCCGGUCUGAUCGCCCUCCUGUUCUGGUGCUUGUGGACAGUCAAGAACUCCACCUUCACUUUCAACGUGGUUCGGAGACACGGGGACGUGGACAAAGACCUCUCGAGGUCCUUCGAGGCCAAACGCAGGAAGAGGUCGCUCAGGAGGCGGUCAGAGGAGGCCGAGUGCACGCUGCAGUGGACGGAUGACCUGGAGAAGCCUCUGUUUAACAUGGAAAUCUUGCCUCAGGUCCUUGAAAUCUUACAUAAGAAACACAAUAUAAAGAUCAAGGCCACCUGAGGACGGGAUCUAGCGGAUGUACGACUAACGGACAAAUGGUGCUCGUAUUCAGUGUGACCACGCUGGGCCAGUGGAGGAGCAUGUUGAUGGAACUUCCAGACUCAUAGCACAGCUCUAUCAUCUUUGAACUGUCUCUGAAGUCAACCUCCAGAUAAAUAUACACACACACACACAUUUUCAGAACCGCUUGUCCCAUACGGGGUCACGGGGAA